AGUGAAAAACAAAUAUUUUGUUCCCGCCCGACUCGUGAGUCGCUGCUAAUUUUCCGUGACCCAGUUUCGUUAGUUACGAAAUUAAUGGCGGGCAAAGGCAAGGUUGAGUGUGGCAGCGAAAAUGAUACCUUGUUUUAAAUACCCAAAUUUUCAAGAAGCCUGUGUUGUCGUCAUCUGGGGAAGAGCAUCUCGUACUCAGCCACGACACGCGGGGAAAUGUUGGAGGCUGUUUCUGGGAAAUCGUUUUCAGUAAUAGUUUAUAAGAUUAAAUAAUAAUAAAGUCGCAGUUUGGCUCGGCUCGGCAACUGUAAUCCCUCUGCAAAUUGUAAUGAUUUGUAUUAUUUUUGGCUUCCGAGCCUCGAUUUUCAAACUUGGGCGGGCUUGGUUUCGCUCUGUGCAAGCUGACCCCCAAACAGAGCGAGUUUUGGGCGCAUAAUUUAAUAUAUUGACCAUAAUUUUCGCUUCAAGUUGUCUGCAGAAGGCUAUUUUAAGUUUUGACGAUUUCAGAUUGGCAGCAAUUUUUAAUCCGAGGUUUCUCAAGAUUCGGGUAGAAGUUCUCGCAAUUUAUCUUUGCGUUUCUCGUACGAUUCUGGUUUUGCGGAUGGAUACAGAAGGGAGGGUGCAUGGUAUUUGCAUGUCACAUAGAAAUAUGGUAAACCUGUAGAAAUAUAUGUACAGUGGGAUUAUAGCUAAUGGAUCUCCCUUAUAGUGAAAAGGCGCAGGUUUAUGAUAUGACACCAUACGAAACUAUCUGGGUAUUGCAAUCCUUGAGCAAGAGGGUUGAGCUUCAAAGUUUUGAUGGGAUUUUAAGACAAUCAGCGCGUUUGCUAAGUUGUUUAAUUGCUCUUCGAAAUUUAUAAAAUUGCUUAUACAAGGUGGGCUUUUCUCAGUUAAUCAUUUAAUUUUAAAUUAUUAAUUGAAAUCUCAAAGUUUUUCGGGAUUUUAGAGAGUCUCGAGGCCAGAAACAGUCAUGUCAAUGUCAUUUCGAGACGAGAAAAUUUGCAUUUAGUGAGACUUUUCCGUGCCCUGUUUCUGAAUGCUAGGACGUUUUUCUCAUCGCCUGCUACUGCAUUUUUAGAGGACUUCUGGGUAAAGUAAGAGGAAUAUCUGAACGCAUUUAUGACAAAGGCUUUAAAUGUAGCGUGGGAUGGGUGGCUGAGUUAAUAAGGACGGUAAGCUUGAAAAGGACUGCUUCAAUGUUCCUGAUCUAGCUCGAAUAUUUAAUCAAACAUUUCGUUGUAAAAGCCCUCUCGUGAAGGAAGCAGAGCUUUGUCCGAGGUCAUAUUUUUUUAGGAGAGGGAGAUGGAGAUAGAGGGAAAUCAUGUCCUUUCGGAUCUGCAAGAGAAAAGGCAAAAUUUUAAAAGAAUGGCGCAAGAAGUGGGUUCGAUGGCUUCUGAAUUAAGAGAUGCUCGUAGUCGUUUGACCGCUCAGCAGGCGUCAUUUGCCCGAGAAACUGCUAUUCGGAAGGCUGCUGAAGCGAGAGCGAGGAGCAUGGAGGACGAGCUGCAGCAAUUGCAUAAGAGCUUGGAGGAAAAGAAUUGUCAAUCGCAGUCUUCGGCUUUAGUUGCUGAGCAGUACCUCAGGGAGUUGGAAGAUGCAAGAUCAAGACUAGCAGAAACUCAAGCAUCGGCAGAAGCUAGUGCAGCAUAUGCUCAUUCAGCAGAAUUACAGUGUUCUUCCUUGUUGGAUGAGCUUGAUAAGAAGAAUAAGCUACUGAUAGAUUACGAGAUUCGAGUUACUAGAUUGGAACAGAAACUUGAUGAGCUUCAGCAGGACCUUUAUUCAAGAGAAGCUUCUCAAAAGCAUUUGAGAGAGCAGGUUGCAAGGAUGGAACAUGAGAUAAACUCUGCAAUUGCCAAAGCUGGUGCCCAUAAAGAAUGUGAACUUAGGAAACUUUUAGAUGAAGUUUCUGCAAAGAAUUUUGAGAACCUUAACAAACACCUACAUACAAAAGAAGAAGAGAUUUCAAGGCUUAAAGAAGAAAUCAAGAUAAUGUCUUCACAGUGGAGAAUUAAAACUGAAGAUCUUGAAGCACAGUUGGAGAAGCAACGGCGAGCUGAUCAAGAGCAUAGAAAGAGGGUUCUCAAACUGGAAUUCUGUCUGCAUGAGGCUCGUGCACAAACUCGGAAAUUGCAAAGAAUUGGAGAAAGAAGAGAGAAGGCAAUAAAAGAGCUGCGAGAAAAUUUACAGAUGAGAGAAAAUGCGAGUGCUUCAACAGACAAACAGAGUUUCUGGGAAAGUUCAGGUUUCAAAUUUAUGGUUUCCAUGUCAAUGGUAAUCUUGGUUAUUUUUUCAAAGCGUUGAGAACUAGACUUGGUUCAUGUGGCGAGCAAAAGUGAAGUUUUGUAUGGUUAUCAGUGGUCAUGUCGUGUACAUCAGCUUAAAUUUAUAGGAAGAAGCACCAUAUGCUACAAUGACAACUGCACUGUAUUAUGAGCAUUCUCAUGUCUUGUCACCUUCCUUGUACCCAUGUUUAGGAGGCACAUGAGAUAGCAGUCUCACUGUGAAGAGUUUUGUUGCACUUAUCAGGUUAGUUUUAAAGCUAUGCUGGAACGAGGACUUCCUUUUUGUACAUUAUGUGCUCACUUCAUCUAUCUUCUUGCACUAUUGUUUGUUUCUAGUGUCAAAGUUCAGAAGAUAAUGGGCAAUGAUUUGGCAGUCUUCUACCUUUUUGGAUUUGUGAUCCUGCUGAAAACCUAACCAGAAAGGUAUUUAUGGGCAAGUUUUCAAAAGAGAACUGUGUUCUGAAUUAAUUACCAGACUGUUAAAUUAUUCAUUGCGGCAUACCCGUGCCGAGAUUUUGUAUCGCAGCAUUGGCUAAAGCUUAAUGUAAAUUAUCCUCUCGAGUCAUAUUUGAGGAAUGA